AUGAAAAGAUGGAACUUUGCUGUUCCUACCGAAGUAGGACAGUUAAUUUCUCCACAAUGCAAAAAGGUCGCUGCUUUUUAUAAGAAACUUAUUCUUCAGCAGAGAUGGCUACAGCUUGUGUUUGUAAUUCUCUCCAUUUCCUCUCGAUAUUUGCCUGAAUGCAUUGAAGAGGUGUAUUCACUUCCUUCAGUAGGGCAAGUAGUCUGUUGGUUCAGUAAAAAGGUGCUUAGAGUAAAUCUCCACCCAGCGACAUCUGAGGAUUUUGUCCCCAUUGUUCAAGGAACGAUUGAUUUACCAGAGAGAUAUGUUCUCCCACAUAUCGACCAUAGCGCAUUACCCUCGCUCAAUGUUGAUAACCUUGAUAGCAUGAGCAAAACUACGGAUACUUCUGUCCAGACGUUCAUCGUAAAAUUGAUGCGCGUCUGGAGGAAUGUGGAAGUGAUGAUAGGAAUGAGUGAUCUAAGACAAAGCUUUAGUAGAUGA